AUGAGUUCAAUUAAUCCAGAAGACUACAAUGUCAUCACAGAAGGUAAGGCUAAUAUCUUGUUUCCAAAAACGGAAACAGUCUUUUAUAACCCAAUCCAACAAUUCAAUAGAGAUCUGAGUGUAACUUGUAUCAAAGCUUGGGAUAACUUGUACGGUUCAAAAUUACCUCCAAGCAUUAACAUCAACAAUAAAAGAGUUAAAAAUCAAAACACUGAAAAAGAAAAUGAUGAACCUGUUGCAAAUGAAGAAAUCACUGCUAAAUCAAGAAAAUUAGAGGAUGGCUCAAGAGGAGAUGUUAAAGAUGAAAUCAAGAGGGAAAACAAAAAGGAAACCAUCCCUUAUAUUAAAAUACUAGAAGCUUUAUCUGCUACUGGUUUACGUGCGAUCAGAUAUGCACAUGAAAUUCCAAACGUAAAAGAAAUUAUUGCUAAUGAUUUACUACCUGCCGCAGUUGAUUCAAUCAAGAGAAACGUAGAAUAUAAUAAAGUUGAAGCUAUUGUUAAACCUAAUAUCGAUGAUGCUAAUAUUCUGAUGUACAGAAACAUGGCCUCCAAUACAAAAUAUCACGUCAUUGAUCUGGAUCCAUAUGGAACAGCAACACCAUUUGUGGAUGCUGCAUUACAUUCUAUCGAAGAAGAUGGUUUAAUGCUAGUUACUUGUACGGAUUUAUCAGUAUUAGCGGGAAAUGGAUACCCAGAAAAAUGUUUUGCAUUGUACGGUGGUGUUAAUAUGGUUUCUCACGAAGCUACCCAUGAAAGUGCGCUAAGGUUAGUUUUAAAUCUGUUAAGUCAAUCUGCUGCAAAAUAUAAGAAGACUAUCACUCCAGUACUUUCGCUAAGCAUCGAUUUUUAUGUUCGUGUUUUUGUUAAAGUUAAGACAAGUCCUAUUAAUGUUAAAAACUUGAUGUCCAAUACCAUGAUCACAUACCACUGUACUCAGUGUGGUUCUUACCAUAAUCAAAGCUUAGGACGUGUUGAAGAGCGUACAACGAAGAAAGAAAAAGUAUUCAAGAAAUACUUAGUUGCUAAAGGUCCACCUGUUGAUUCUAAGUGCAAAUUCUGUGGCGGUACUUAUCACAUAGCUGGCCCAAUGUAUGCUGGCCCAUUGCAUGAUGAAAACUUUAUUAAUGAAAUACUUCGGAUUAAUGAAGAGGACCACACUGAUGAUACAUACGGAACGCGUAAAAGAAUAGAAGGUAUGGUUACUUUAGCCAAAAAUGAGCUUAAAAAUUCGCCGUUUUAUUUCAGUCCAAACAAUCUUUCAUCAAUAUUAAAAUUACAAGUUCCACCGUUAAAGAGAAUUGUGGCCGGUUUAGGUUCAUUAGGCUAUAAUUGUUCAUUAACACAUGCACAGCCUUCAUCAUUAAAGAGUGAUGCUCCAUGGGAAGCUAUAUGGUAUGUUAUGAAAGAAAGUGAUGAGGAGAGAAAAAAUAGAGAUGUCGAUGCAAUGAAUCAUAAUACUGUAGGUUAUAGAAUUUUAAAUAAUAUUGAUAAAUGGAUAUCAAAGGAAGAGCAAGACACUAUUAAUGAAAAGUUGAACUUCGAGCCAAAUGAACAAAGUGGUAAAAUUGAGAAAUUAAGAAAAUUGAAGAUUGUGAGAUAUCAAGAAAAUCCAACAAAGAAUUGGGGUCCAAAAGCUCGUCCAAAUUCAUCAUAA